AUGGGAGAUGACUUUAUACUACCCUUAAUUCCUCGGACGGCCCAUCGUCGUUACGACCCGCUGACUGGUGAUUGGGUAAUAGUGUCCCCUCAUCGAAUUACACGUCCAUGGUCCGGUCAUUCGGAGAAUUCACAUCAAACUAAACAUGAAAAUCGAGAUUUGCCACCCUCGGAAUCCAAUCCGUUGUGCCCGGGAGCAACAAGAGCAAGCGGCUGCGUUAAUCCACCUUACACAUCAGUGCAUACGUUCCGGAACGAUUUUCCGGCUUUGAACAUUGCGGGUGAGCCGAAUGAGGAUGACCGCCUGGAAUCGGAAGCCCUGACAAAGGACACGCUUUUUGCUUGGGCUCCUGCACAUGGUGAUUGUCAAGUGAUGUGCUUCCAUCCGGAUUCGAGCAAGACACUCGCUUUGAUGGAGGCUGCGGAGGUGGUGCGGGUAAUCGACGCUUGGUGUGAUAUUACAGAGAAGUACCGAGCGAAAGGCUGUUACCGUUGGCUGCAAAUAUUCGAAAAUCGUGGUGCCGCCUCGGGGUGUUCCAACACGCAUCCUCAUUGUCAAAUUUGGGCCUGCGGUUUCUUGCCGUCGUAUGCGAGACGAAGAGAUCUGAACAUGAAGCGGUACUUCGAGCGACAUCAUAUACCUCUGCUGCUGGAUUAUGCUGCAAAAGAGGAGAAGUUUGUUGGCACUCAUGAAAGUCGUGUGGUGAUACAGUCCGCCCAUUGGCUAGUGGUAGUUCCUUGGUGGGCUUGUUGGCCUUUCGAGACCAUUGUGAUGCCUCGCAAACGCCACAUACGUUGGCUGUUCGAACUUUCGAUCGAGGAACGUGUGGAUUUGACUCAUGUUCUUCAAGAAUUGCUCACUCGUUAUGACAACUUGUUCCACACUGACUUCCCCUAUUCCAUGGGUUGGUAUCAAGCGCCGUUACUCCUCCCCGACGACACUGUGCACAGCACGGAGGAAAACGUCACAAACACAAACUCACCUCAAGACAUCUUUCCGCAUUGGCAGUUGUAUGCGAUUUAUCAGCCCCCUCUGUUACGCUCUGCUACAGUGAGAAAAUUCAUGUCCGGGUUUGAAUUAUUGGCUGAGCCACAACGUGACUCACUCCCGGAGACUGCGGCAGAGAUGUUGCGCAGUGUGAGUACUCUCCAUUACACUAAGUGUACUGUGUAACACCAAUGCCUUUAAUCGUGCUUUUGAUUUUCUUUUUACCACUUUGCUCUACUUUCUCCCGGUGAUCAGUGAACCCGUUACCUUUUCUGAUUGUUACUUCUGUGUACUUUUGCGAGAAAUGACUUUAUUUCUGACUAUGCUGGCUAGAUGCUUGCAACGCGUUUAGCUUAUUCCUAGUUGAGGUAGCCAAAUCCCUCAUACAUUUUUGGUCUACAUCCAUUCA